ACCCAAGUUGUGGAUAUUAUGACAUCCCUCUCCUCCUUGUCCUUCUUCUUUGUUUUGCACGUAUCUGAAAAGAUUGAGUUCGUCUAUUGUUAACUGAACAAUGUUCCAUGAUAUUUUUUUAAUUUUAGAAUAAGUUUUUCUCAAGUUAAACAUAUUUAAAUCCAACAAGUUACAUUCUAGAGUCAACAUAUUUGACACAUUCUUUCAUCCGAUUAGUUGACCUGCCUAUUCCUUUUUUUAUACAAAACAUCCUUUGUUAAAAUUAUUGAACAUCAAUGAUUGGUCCUUCUUUGCACAAUGUCUAUCAGUCAUAACUUUUCACAUACAUGUAUACAUAUACGUCUGUUUUAGUGCUAGUGAGAAACAUUAUAUCAACGAUGACCUGUUUGUUAAGUAUGAUUGUCUGAGUAUUUUAUUAGUGUCAUUUAUUUUCAUUGUUUUUUUUACAGAUGACAAUGUUCAACUGGUUGAUUUACCUGAUGAGUUAAUUUUAAUGAUCAUGAAUAAAGUCAAACCUAAAGUAUCAUUACUUUGUUCUAUUAUUGCUAUUGGUAAUAAUCGUUUGGAACAACUUGCACUUGAUAAAUGUCAUUCAAUCGAUUUAACUAUUGAUUGUUUUCAAUCACCGUAUGAAUCACUCAUGACGCGGUUUUAUACACAUGUUGCGUAUCGUAUUAUCGACAAUAUUCAAACAUUGACACUCAAUAUUCGACAAAUUCCCGAUAUUGUCAGUUAUGUUGAAAAAAACUCUAAUGGAAUUCUUCCGAAUUUGAUGCACCUGAAGAUAAUGAUUGGUAGACAAUCUCAUCGAACAGGCACUCCUUAUACAUUAGAUGCAUCAAGCAUGGAAAUUUAUCGUGUGUUACACAGUGAAUCUCUCUCUUGUUUUAUACCUCAAUUUGUUCGACUUGAAGGGUCCGGUGGUAAUCGAAUCAUAUCUACUGUUCGUUGUUCAACAUUUAUGCGUUCUAUUGUAUCGUUGGAACUUGAAAAUGACUGUAUUUUACCAAAUAUAAUCAAUCCGGACGGGUUAUUUUUUCCUCAAUCAAUACGAUUGUCUCGUAUCCAAAUAACAUUAAAUAGAUUCGGCGAUUGUGUCCGUUUACUAACUGAGUUGGGGACGCAACUCUGUUCAUUUGCUGUUAGCAUUGCACAUGUUUAUUUACAGAAGGCUGAUAUUAUCUCUCAAAUAUCAUCGAUUUCAUGCCCCAAUUUGAAACAAUUGACAGUAACAAUCUAUAAAAAUAUUGUUCACUAUAGCGAAUGCAUUGUUCCUCUUCUGCAACGGCUCUCAAAUGUCGAACGUUUAACAUUAUUAUUCGCUAUUAAUAUAACAACAACUAGACUCGGUCAUUUUGUUACUGAAUUAGAUUUAGAGAAAGACAUUGUUUCAUACAUGCCUCAUCUAUGCCAAUUUAAUUUCCACAUUCGUUCAAUAUUAGAAAACGCUUCUCCUGUAGAGAUUGGCACAUUUCGUCAAAGUGUUAUGACAUGUCAACAAGCUGUUAUUUGUACAGUCGAUUAUUUCAAUAAUAAUUACGGUCAAUGUCAAUUGUAUUCACUUCCAUUUAUCGGCAAUCGUCUUGAUUUCAUUUCAAAUCGAUUUCCGCUCUUCGAUAUGAAUAAUAUGUUCUCAAUGGUUACCAUGUUAUUACUGUUCGACGAUGUGAAACCGUUCGAAAAUCUUUUUUUUGCACGUAUCGCUCGUGCUCUACCCAAUAUAAAGACACUCGAAGUGUUCAAUAAACUUGAACAACAGGGGAAAGGAAUGAUCGCAACAAGUUAUCCUGACUUCAGUCGUUUAUCUGCACUAAUUCUACUCGACAUUCAUAUGGAUUAUGCUGAGCAGCUUCUUUGUCAAAGUCGUCUUCCUUGUCUAACCGAGCUGGCUAUUCAUGAGCAAGUCUUGUUAACAAUAGUUGCUCGCGACUCACAACAAGCAAGAGAUAAUUGCUCUAAAGUAGAGAAUAUACUAACUUCCAACAAAUGGUGUGAUUCAAUUGAUGCUAUUCGAAACUUUUUCCCACUUGUUUCCCAUUGA